ACCACAGACACCAGAGCACACCCAGUCUGGAUAAGACAAGACUAAGGUGCCUGCAACACAUGCCAUUCUGUACAGAUACCUGCCUAUUUCUCAGACCACAGUCAUCAUGCCACGGAGUAAAAGAAAUAAGCUACGUACUCCUGAGAAAGCUUGCCUUGUCCAAAGGGCGGUCCAGAGACUCCCGGAAGCUCAGCCUACUGCAACCAAGAAGAAAAUACUGCCCUCAUCUUCUGCUCCUUUGGGAAUUAUCAGCCACACAAAGUCCACUCAUCAGUCACAAAGUCCUCCCAAGAGGUCACAGAGAGCAGUUUCCACCACUAUGUCUACAGAUAUUUCAACCCCAAGAUCAGAUGAAGGAGCCACUUGCAAAAGUAAGAAAAAACAGCAUUCUUCCCAUUCUCCAACGUCUGUCAUACAGUCUCCCAGAGAUGUUAUAACCAAGACGGCUAGUACAUUGGUGAACUUCAUCAUGCACAUGUACAAGAUGAAAAAGCCCAUUAGCAAAAAAGAUAUGUUGAAGAUUAUUGAUAAAAAGCACAAGAAUCGCUUCCUGGAGAUCCUUAGAAAAGCUUCUUUCAACAUAGAGGUGGUAUUUGGCAUGGACUUAAAAGAAAUCGAUUCUAUCAGUCACUCUUAUACCCUUGUAGACAAAAUGAAUCUCCCCUACAACGGGAUGCUGAGUCGUGGCAGGGGAUUUCCCAAGACCGGUAUCCUGAUGAACCUUCUUGGAGUGAUCUUCAUGAAGGGCAACUCUGCCCCUGAAGAAAAGAUCUGGGAAUUUCUGAAUAAGAUGAAAAUAUAUGAUGGACAGAGACAUUUCCUUUUUGGGGAGCCCAGGAAACUCAUUACACGAGAUCUAGUCCAGCUGAAAUAUCUGGAGUACCGCCAGAUACCUGACAGUGAUCCUCCCCAGUAUGAAUUCCUGUGGGGUCCCAGAGCCUAUGCCGAGACCAGCAAGAUGAAAGUUGUGGAGUUUUGGGCCAAGAUCAAUGAUACCAUCCCCAGCGUCUUCCAGUCCAGGUACAAAGAGGCUUUGAGAGAGGAAGGAGAGCUGAAGACAUAG